CCGUACACGCCCGUCAUCACAGGACUAGGGACACGGUUCCUGAUACAAGCUCGGGAGUGCAUCGUGUUCGUACAUUUCUUUGCUGCGUGUGGUUUACCAUGAACGACAGCUGCAAUAACACGGGAGAGCUGAGGACGUACCAGCACCACGUGUACGCAGUGGUGUACAGUGUCAUCCUUGUACCGGGCCUGCUGGGGAACAUCCUGGCACUGUGGGUGUUCAGGGUUUACAUCCGGGAAACCAAGAAGGCGGUGGUGUUCAUGAUGAACCUGGCUGUGGCUGACUUGAUGCAGGUCCUUUCUCUGCCUCUGAGGAUCUACUACUACCUGAACAACAGCUGGCCCUUUGGUCGCCCCCUCUGCAUGAUCUGCUUCUAUCUGAAGUACGUCAACAUGUACGCCUCCAUCUUCUUCCUGGUGUGUGUGAGUUUGCGUCGCUGCGAGCUCAUCAUGCGGCCGCUGAGGUACAACACAUCCAGGAGAAAGGUGGACGUGGCCCUAUGCACCCUGGGCUGGCUCUCGGUCUGCCUGGGCUGCCUGGCCUUCCCCUUGCUGAGACAAGCAGACACUAACUCUGAUGUAUUUCCACCGGAGGUGGGCGCCCCCAUGCUUGGGCCUGACAAGGUGUGUUUUUCGGAGCUGCCCAUGCAGAUGGUCGGUGCAUCAGCGUCCUGGGCAAUCUUGUUCAUAGCGGAGCUCUUAGGCUUCAUCAUCCCCUUCACUCUGGUGUUGGCCUGCACCUGCCUGACCGCCGGGAGCCUUCGUCGGGCCGAAGCUGGAGCCGUUCCCGACAGAGGGGAGAAGCGCAGGGCGUUGAGGAUGGUGCUGAGCUGUGCCGCCGUCUUCUUGGUGUGCUUCGCGCCUUACCACAUCACCAUGCCACUGGAUUUCUUGGCCAAGGCCAAUGUGUUGAGCAGCUGUGCCCUCAGGGACCUGAUUCUCAGAUGUCACCCUGUCACACUCAGCUUGGCCAGCCUCAACUGCUGCCUGGACCCCAUCAUGUAUUAUUUCACCACCAAUGAAUUCUGGAAGCGACUGAGCAAGCCGGACAUAUUGGUUCCGGAGAGUUUGACUACCAGCAGGCAUGACUCUUGACGGACUGGAGGACUUCAUGAGUGACUAGUAAGCCUAGUGAGAUUGCCAUGAGUGGAGGACUUCAUGAGUGUGUCAAGCCAUUAAACCCUGUGAUAUCAAAGCACUCCAUGGAGCAGGAGUGCAGAAGAAUCCAUCAGUUCAUGGCAGAACCUUUGGAAUAACACAGCAAACGCAAAGAAGGUAUAUGUCAUUUGUCCAUUCUCUUA